UCGGAGCCCGGACACCGGCGACUUUUUAAUGGCUUUUGUCUUCAGAAGAUGGAGGGUUUUACUGGUGCUGAACGUGCUUGCGGUUGCUGGGUUCAUGACUUUCUGGGCCAAGUGCAACACGCGCAGCGCCCAAGCCGCCGCUCCGGAGGCUCCGGCGGACGGGAAGAGGCCCCCGGGCAACGGGACGGCGCAGGGGCCCAGCGUCAGCCAUGAGGUGCUGCUGAAGAGGCUCAGCUCGCUGGAGGAUGUGGUGUACAGGCAGUUAAACGGUCUGUCCAAAUCUCUGGGCCUGAUCGAGGGCUUCGGGGGUCGGGGUAAAGGCGGCCUCCCUGCCACGCUGUCGCCAGCUGAGGAGAGCGAUGCUAAAUACCUGAGGGAGAAGUACGGCUACAACGCCUACCUCAGUGACAGAAUCUCUCUGGAUCGGACCAUACCAGACCACCGGCCCAACAAAUGCAGAAAGGUCAGCUACCCGAGAGAUCUCCCCAAGGUCUCCCUCAUCUUCAUCUUCGUCAACGAGGCUCUGUCGGUGAUCCUGCGCUCAGUCCACUCAGCUGUCAAUCACACUCCGGCUCACUUGCUUAAAGAAAUCAUCCUGGUGGACGACAACAGCGAUGACGAGCAGCUGAAAGGACCACUGGAGGAGUACGUGAACAAACGCUACCCCGGCCUGGUGAAGAUUGUCAGGAACCAGAAGAGAGAGGGACUGAUCCGAGCCAGGAUUGAGGGCUGGAAGGUGGCCACCGCCGAGGUGACGGGAUUCUUUGACGCCCAUGUGGAGUUCACCCCAUCCUGGGCCGAGCCGGUUCUGGCCAGAAUAAAAGAGGACCACAAGAGGAUUAUUCUGCCUUCCAUCGAUAACAUCAAGCAUGACACGUUCGAGGUGGAGCGCUACGAGAACUCAGGCCACGGCUACAACUGGGAGCUGUGGUGCAUGUACAUCAACCCGCCCAAACAGUGGUGGGACGAUGGGGACAUAUCUGCUCCAAUCAGGACUCCCGCCAUGAUUGGCUGCUCCUUCGUGGCCAACCGUGACUACUUUGGCGAGCUCGGCCUGCUCGACUCAGGCAUGGACGUCUAUGGAGGGGAGAACAUUGAAUUGGGCAUCAGGGUGUGGCUAUGUGGAGGCAGUAUGGAGGUGCUGCCAUGUUCCAGGGUGGCUCACAUCGCACGGAUGAAGAAACCCUACCAUAGUAACAUAGCUUUCCACACACGACGUAACGCUCUACGCGUGGCUGAGGUCUGGAUGGAUGAGUACAAGUCCAACGUUUAUCUGGCCUGGAACAUCCCUGUGGAGAACCACGGUAUUGAUUACGGUGACAUCUCUCAGAGGGUUGCGCUGAGGAAGAGUCUGCAGUGUAAGAGCUUUGAGUGGUACCUCGACAAUGUUUACCCAGAGAUGAGGAGGUAUAACAACACACUGUUCUACGGCGAGAUUCGUAACUCUAAAGCGAGCCACCUGUGUAUGGAUCAGGGUAUGAAGGAGAACCACACGGCCACCCUGCACCCCUGCCAUGGCUGGGGUCCUCAGUUAGGACGUUAUAGCAAAGAGGGUCAGCUAUUCCUGGGCCCUCUGGGCAGCACUGGGGAGGACACUCGCUGUGUGGUGGACGAUCAGAUCAGCACCUUUCCUCAGCUCCUCAACUGUGACAAGAUUACAAACGUUAAGCAAAAGACAUGGCAUUUCUCUCAGAAUGAAUCGAUCAUAAACAGAGCCACGGGCCGCUGCCUGGAGGUGGUGCCGGCUAACGUUUACUUCGGCCACCUGCUGGUCCUGCAGCCCUGCUCCGGGCAAAGGUGGACCAUCAAGAACACCAUGAAGCAGUAGGUCGACUGGGACCAGUGACACCAGAGGCCAUUUUCGGGAGCUGUCAGGUCCCUGUCGGCUGAGGGACAACUGAUGAGGCAGAGGCUCCUCGUCUUCUCGAGAAAAUACGGAGAUGGUUUCAAAGAGAUAUGAGCAGUGAACAUCUCAGUGAUACAAGUUUGGUGAAAUUUCUCUCUUUUUUUCUUUUACAAAGUGGACAUUCAUAAUGAUGAAAGUUUAGCAUGAGGACUGUUUCUCUAUCCAUCUGAAUUUGACAAACUUUCAAUGUGACAUUGCCAUAAUUUCUGUGCCACUUCUCUUCGAUGUUUUUAGGUCUAAGGAUGAAGAUGUGAUCAGCCAAAACUGUGUUCUGUCUUAUGUGGGGCAAAAAAUAACGUUUCUAUCUUCAACCUCAAAACAUGUCUGCGUUAUCUCAUUCUGUAUCAUUUUCAGUAAUAUGCACUGAUCAGAAUUCAUCGGUAGUGUGUAAUAGGCUUCAUUAGGGGUUGUCGACUUUUUUUUUAGGCGUUCCUACUUAUGACAGGCAUACAUUUGAGUUAAACAUGAAUGCCUACAAGUGGGUUUUUAUUUUCUUCUUACAGAAGCCUAGACCAUGUAAAUAUCUAUAAUUUGAAGAAAAAGGCAUUAACAAUAAAUAUUACUUGAUGUAUCCGAGCCAAUUUGGAAUUACUGUAAAUCAUCUCCAAAAUCACAUUGUCGAGGGCUACAUGGUUUUAUAUGGCGUGGAUGCAUUUGUCCUUUUUAUUGUCAUUUUGACUGAAAGCAUUCAAUAGCACCAAAUGCAGUACAUCUUGUAGCAUGAUUGUAAGUACUGUAUGCACAUGGGGACGAGGCUUAGUUGAGCUGAGCCAAUUUAUUCUGUUACCUGCUGAGUGCCAUAACUACUGCAGAAGGCCAAAACUACUAAGCUGCAGCCUGAAGCACUUUUUGGGAUACAGAGAUGGAGCUGCAGCUAAUGAGAGAAAGAUUGAAUCAGGAAUGGAAAAGUGCACAAGUGUGUCAAAUGUGGAAAUGCUGGAGGCCUUUGAGGCUGGUAUUAUUAAUGUAUUGAGAUGUGUAUAAUGUCAUGUAUUCAAUUAAUUUAAUGUUAUCGGUUGGAU